AUGGGCAGUGCCGCUGGCCCGAUUUCUCAAGGAAGAUAUAUUACAGCAAAAACCGGAUUCCGAAUCCGACCGGUGGCUGGCUACCUUUCGGCACGCGACUUCCUGGCUGGUCUUGCAUAUCGAGUGUUCUUCUGCACUCAGUAUCUGCGACAUCAUGCUGACCCUCUCUACACACCUGAGCCGGAUACUGUACACGAGCUGAUGGGUCAUAUGGCAUUAUUCGCGGAUCCUGACUUCGCUCAGUUUUCCCAGGAGAUUGGCCUUGCCUCUCUGGGUGCAAGCGAUGAUGACCUGAAAAAACUUGCUACGCUCUACUUCUUCUCCAUUGAAUUCGGUUUGUGUUCUGAUGGGCACUCCGACUACACGGCUAACGACACAAACUCGAAAUACAAAAUCUAUGGAGCAGGACUGUUGAGCAGCGCAGGGGAGCUGCAGGUGAGUCAUCAUUUUCAGUACUUGUGA